AUGUCCUCAUCCAGUUGCGCUAUCUUUUGCAUCAUCCUCGUUUUUGUUUGUGGUCGUCUUGAAAGUAGAAACAUGGAGGGCUUUGAGGCAAGCAGGAUACAUUUACCACCGUGCUUUCCAGCAACUUGUGUGCCUGGAAACUUUAAAUGUUAUUGCUGUUUGGGAAAGGAGAGAUUCUGUACACUUACAUACGAUAUGUGUGCGGCGGACUGUCAGCCCAAAGGCAAAGCAUAA